AUGGAAGUAAGGCCUUACAUGGAAGGGUGCUUGAGCUUGUGUCUCAUAGUCCUAUCCACGCUUCUGGCACUUUGGUUUAUCAAGCUCUCCACCCACAAGAUCAAGCUAGCAAAAAAGCUUCCUCCUGGCCCAUGGACUCUCCCAAUCAUCGGCAGUCUCCACCACCUCGUGAGCGCCCUCCCGCACCGCAGGAUGGCAGAUCUGUCUCGCCGGCACGGGCCGCUGAUGCAUCUCAAGCUAGGCGAGGUUCACACGGUGGUGGUCUCCAGCGCUGAGGUAGCGGAGGUGGUACUCAAGACCAACGACCUCGUGUUCGCCAGCCGCCCGAGGAGCGUGAUGCUUGACAUCGCCUCUAAUGGUGGAAAGGGCAUGGCCUUCGCCCCUUACGGAGAGCGUUGGCGUCAGAUGCGCAAGCUCUGCAUCGUGGAGCUCCUCAGUUCCAAGCAGGUGAAGCGCAUGGAUGGCAUCAGGGCCGAGGAGGUCGGCAGACUCAUCGGCACCAUCGCUGCCUCGGCCGGCGCCACCAUCAACGUCAGCGAGAAGGUAGCGGCGCUGACCCACGACCUUGUGUCGCUGGCAGUUUUUGGCCACAAAUUCGCGCAGCAGAAGGAGUACCUCCGCGAGUUCGACCAAAUGAUGACACUCCUGGGCGGCUCCUCUGGCCUUGUCGACCUCUUCCCGUCAUCCCGGCUGGUGCGGUGGAUCAGCAACGGCGAGCGACACAUGAGAGCGAGCUGCGUCCGUAUCCAGCGUAUCAUCUCCGAUAUUGUUGAGGGGCGCAAGGCCGCGCGAGCUGCGCGCGAUGGCGACUUCAGCACCGGCGGGGAGGACCUGCUGGACGUGCUCAUCAGGCUGCAGGAGGAGGAUUCGCUGCCUUUAGCGAUUACCACAGAGACUAUCGGCGCCAUCUUGUUUGAUAUGUUUGGUGCUGCCAUGGGAACCACAACAACUGCUCUGGAGUGGGCCAUGUCAGAACUUAUCAGGCAUCCCGAAGCUAUGGCUAAGGCACAACAAGAGGUCCGGGCAUUGCUAGGUGAAGACAAAUUAGUCAUUACAAAUGGUGACCUUACUGAAGCUCAUUACAUGCGAAUGGUCAUCAAGGAGGUCCUUAGGUUGCAUCCACCUGCUCCUCUUCUCCUCCGUACAACAAUGGAGGACUGCAAAAUUAUGGGUUAUGAUAUCCUUCAAGGAACAAAUGUAGCUAUUAAUAUCUUCACAAUUUCAAGGGAUUCAAAGUAUUGGAGAAAUCCUGAAGAGUUUAAGCCUGAAAGGUUCGAGAACAAGAAUGUGAACUACAACGGGACUUACUUUGAAUUCAUUCCAUUUGGGGCUGGGCGUCGGCAAUGCCCCGGGAUUCAAUUCAGCUCUUCAGUUGUGGAGAUCACGUUGGCAAACUUCUUGUAUCACUUUGACUGGAAACUCCCUGAUGGGGCUAGCUUGGCUUUGUUUGACAUGUCCGAGAAAUUUCGGAUGGCGCUCAGCAGAAGGUAUCCCCUCCAGCUCACAGCUGUUCCACAUGCGUGGUUGAAAGCUAUUUCUUCAAAUUGA